GUGAGUCUAGAAUUAAAUAGAAUUUUCCACGUGCACGUUCGUUUCUGUAAAUUGCUAAAUAUCUAUUUAGCUCAGUUGAAAGCAAUUUGCUCUUUUGUAAAAUAAUUGCUACCGUCUCAUUUUGAAAAAGCGAUGCUGAUAAUAAUAAUACCGUCUUUGAUUGGGAGUGUCCUAGCCGCACAUUCACAUGGCAUAUCGGGUACCUUGGUGGACUUUACUGAUCCUAAGGUACAAGGACACUUGGACGCUUUAGUACGAAUGGCGCAGUCUUGCGUCAUCAAAGUUCGAGCUUCACCGAAAGACGUCAGAGCGUAUUUCACAAAUUCACCUCCAAUAACCAGAUCUGGCCAAUGUUUUGCUGCAUGUAUGUUGGAACAGAGUGAUGUUAUUAAUCACGGAAAGGUAAAUCGUGAACUCCUAAUCCAUCUAGCGGGUCUCGUAAAUGGCAAGAAUUCUCGAGUGGUCCGCAAACUAAACAGCAUUUCAAGACUCUGCCUCGAUAGUAUUGAAGGCAUGUCAGACAGAUGCCAGCUGGCUUCCUCCUAUAACGACUGCCUAAACGAAAAUAUGAUUGAGUUCGCCUUCCCACUGGAUAUAGCCGAGGAAGCUGUAAGAAAAAUGCCAUUCCAUCUUAUACAACCUAACUUACCACAAGAGAUGAGACAGGCGAUGUAACAGUUAAUGUUCAAUUUUUUAAUUUAUAAUAUUUUUUUACUGAAAUAAAAAUCAACCAUGAUAAA